CUCGAAACUCGGCGAGCGGGAUGGCAACCGGCCCGGAGCACGUGGCGGCGGCGGUCGAGGAGACGCCGGAGAAGAAGGCGGCCAGCACAACCGAGCUCCCCGCACCCUCAGGCUGGACGAAGAAGGUUGCUCCAACUCGAGGUGGACGAUUUGAGGUUAUUUUUGUUUCCCCAACUGGUGAGGAAGUUAAGAGCAAGAGACAGCUAACCCAGUACCUGAAAGCUCAUCCUGGAGGCCCUGCAUCCUCAGAGUUCGAUUGGGGAACCAGUGAUACUCCCAGACGCUCAGCACGCUUGAGCGAGAAGGUCAAGGCAACUGAGAGCCCAGAGGGUGAGAAGACCCCUAAACGGGGAAGAUCAAGUUCUAAGAGAGGCAAAAAGGAGGAAAAAGAAGACACAGAGGCUGCAAAUGAGGCUGGAGAAGAUGGUGCUUCGGAGGAAGGUAAAGGUACAGAUGUGGAGAUGAAAGAUGCUGAAAACGCUGAAGACGAGAAGAAAGAGGUCCCAAAUGCAGAUGCUGCAGAGAAGACUGAGGAAGGUGAAGAUAAGAAAGAGGAGGCCCCUGCUGUAGAUGCAGCAGAGAAGACUGAGGAAGGUGAAGAUAAGAGAGAGGAGGAGGCCCCUGCUGUAGAUGCAGCAGAGAAGACUGGUGAGAAAGAGGUGGCCCCUGCUGUAGAUGCAACAGAGGAGACAGAAAAAAGCACCGAAGGCCAAGCACAGCCUAAUUAUGUUGCUGCCCCAGAAUCUGAGUAUAAAGGAGACGGAAAGCCAGGUGAAUCCGAAGCAGCUCCCCUUGCAUUUGUUGAUGAAACAGCUCCCCAUGUAAUUAUUGGUGAAGAGAAGAAAGAGGAAAAUACUGAGAAUGAGAACAGUCAGGCAGCCGAAUCUGCCGUGCCUUCCCUGGCAUCUUUAGAGGGAGAGAAGAAAGAGAAUGGUGGUGCCCCUGAACAACCAGCCCUGCCUGUAGCUGAGACGAAGGCAGAUGCUCCUCCGGCAGAGGCAGAAAAGGGGGCUGAAAAUUCAGGCCAGCCGAAUACCGGCUCUCAAGAACCGAAGGCAGCAAACUGCGACGAGGGGCAGAUUCAACCUGGUGCCUCUGCUGUGAGGUGCACAUAAGGGAGCUUGAUCUCAGAUGGGACUCUGUUGCGUUAUGUCUUUAGGACGAUACCUCGCAUUUGCUUUGAGAAUUGUAAUCGUGGUUAACCUGACAGCGCUGUGUAGCACUAGGCUGCCCAGCACGUAGUUAUCCUUUCGUUUCUUUUAUAACGGUGGUGUUGCAGCAUGGGUAAUGGGCCGGCCUGUGCUGCCUCAGCCACCACUGCAUACCCAGUGUAAGUGUAACUCGUUAUUAGCGUGGUCGACAUUGAUCUGUGGAGAGGACUGCAGGACAGUACUGUCCUCGACAGCUGUAACGUUACGUUUUGUGUGUUCCCUUGUGUUAUUGAACUUAUAUUAUGAUCCAUAAAUAAAGCCAUAAGCGUGGCAGGGUCAUUCCCUGACCACCUUCAGGCAUC